AUGGAAGAGGACGACGAUUUUUACGGCGACGACAGCGGCCCGGCCGUCAAGCAGGACGAGCCCGCCAACGGUGACGAAACUACAAAGGACGAUAAGAUGGACGACUCGCUCGAAGAAGGCGAAGAGGAAGAAGAAGAUGAUAGCAGCGAUUCGGAUAUCGAAAUCAUUGUAGAAAGCAAAGACGCGCCAGCACCAGAACCAGCUUCCCAGCGCGGUGCCUCCUUCAACACAUCCUUCAAGUCGGAAACCUCGCGCGCCGCGCCCGCAGACGCCGCCAAAGGACAGCAAGCACAACCUGCCGGAACCAAAGCUGGAAGCGCCGCUCCAGCAGCAUCUUCAAAACCCGGCUCGGCCUACCCUGAAGUCCGCACCUCAAACCUCGACGUCAACGCAGUCCCGAUUUAUGAUCCUGUGGGCAAGCCCAUAACAGAUCUGGAUGUCGAUGCUGACCUCGCCGAGCACGAGAAGCCGUGGCGCCUCCCCGGCGCCGACCAGUCCGACUACUUCAACUACGGCUUCGACGAGUUCACAUGGACGACGUACUGCCUGCGCCAGCAAACCAUGACCAACACGCUCAAGGACCAAAAGGCCGAGACGGCCAAAUUCGAGAUGAUGCUCAACGGCGGCAUGCCGCUCAUGCCUGGAAUGCCUCCGGCCGGCCCGCCGUCGGCCGCUCCGCCUGUCCCCGGCGCGCCCACCGGCCCCGCAGCACAACAGCCGCAGGGCGGCCAGCAGCCGCAGAACGGAGGGAUGCCUGGCGGCAUGCCCGGCAUGCCCGGCCUCGACGAGAACAUGAUGCAGCAAAUGGCGCAGCACAUGCUGGCGUCCGGCAUGGACCCGUCGCAGAUGAGCUUCGAGCAGUUCAUGCAGGGUAUGCAGGGUAUGGGCGGCAUGCAGGGCGGCCCGCCCGCCGGCCCCGCGGCGCAGCAGGCGCAACAAGGCGGCGGUUUCGGUGGUCAAGGUGGUCAAGGCCAGUUCGGCGGAUAUGGAGGCGGUCAGGGAGGGUUCAGAGGAGGACGGCGAGGAAGAGGGGGUUGGUGA